AUAUCAAUGAGUGCUCAUCUGGAAAUGGUGGAUGUGCUCAGACAUGCAUUAACACUGUUGGCAGUUACAGAUGUUCUUGUAAAGCAGGCUAUGCACUUAAUGGAAAGGCGUGUGUGGAUAUCAAUGAGUGUAACAGUGGAAAUGGUGGAUGUGCACAAACAUGUACAAACACAGUCGGAAGUUACACGUGCUCUUGUAAAGCAGGGUAUAGUCUUUCCACCACCAACGGACGCAGUUGUAUAGAUAUUGACGAGUGCAAACUGGGAACUUCUCGUUGUGUACAUGGAUGCAUAAACACACUUGGGUCUUACAGAUGUUCGUGCCAAGGGGGAUACACUCUUCAGUCAGACGGGUUUUCAUGCAGUGAUAUCAAUGAGUGUGCACAACUAAAUGCCGGUUGUAGCCAACGCUGUGUGAAUACCCAGGGUUCAUUUCGUUGUGAAUGUAACGCCGGAUAUAAACUGAAUGGACAGAGUUGUGAUGAUAUUGACGAAUGUGCUGAGUCAGACCAAGGCUGCCAACAUACGUGUGAAAACACACUUGGAUCAUAUCGCUGUUCUUGUAAUACUGGUUACGUCUUAGAU